AUGUAUCGUGCUCGAAGCUACUUCAAAUUCAAGGAACCUGGCUUCCUUCGUCUGCCUACUGGUAAGGGAGACCAGUGGGGUAGACGAUCCGACAUGGACACGAAAUUUCGUUUGCGGAUACUUGCUGACCUUGGUCAUCAAAAUAAGAACUUGAUUGAACGGUACCCCGAGCCAUAUAUUGGCAACAAUGGUCGCAAGCAGGCGUACUGGGUUGAAUUUAAACGUCCCGAUCAUCAAAAUGGUCACUGUGUACGAGCCAAAAUGGGCAUGCGUGCCGCCUGCAAAUCAUCAAUUGAUCUUCCAUUUGCGAACGAUAUAUAUGGCCAACGUCUUUCUCAACGUGCUUCGGCCUAUUUCAAUUUGCUGUUCUGUUUGCUGUGCUAUUCUUUCGUGUCUCACGGCUCAACUAUUCCUCAGGCCUUGAGCUUCAGAGUCACGUAUCCUGUUGUCGAUAUUCCAAUUCAAUUGUUCGAUUUGGAGUUCGCUUACUUUCCUCGUUGGUCGGCUUGCAAGAUACUGCCUUAUUUUUUGCGGUGUCAUUUCGCUGUAUAUGCGCUUGUUAUCAACGAGUUCCCUACACUGACACUUGACAAACUUUGGUGCUACUUGUGCCCCACUUGGGUUCCUGGCGGUGCUCUUAUCUGUAUCUUAAUGCAACAGUUCAUCUGCGCUGGCAUCCUGUUAAAACUCUUGUACUGCCGCUCUGAAGCAGCUGCAUACUCGACUUUCGAUAGUCUGAAUGCUAUACUCGCAGACAUCUUUACGUGA